AUGUCCCCAAAAGUCUGGUCCCGCCGUAACCCCGCAGGCUUCGGCUUGGAGAAGUCCCUAGAGGCUGUUCGCAGCCCCGAUACCGCUCCGGUCAACAUUCCAUCUCCGUCCCGCGAUGUUGAAGCUCUCAAGGAGGAUGGCGACUCCUUCACCCUUUCAUCAUUCACAUACGAAGACGCUUUUGAACUCGGCCACCUCCUGCACGCCCGUCUCCUCCCUUUUGCCCUGAAAAACGGCAAACCCACAGUGAUUUCUAUCGCUCUGGCCAACAACCAACAGGUUCUUUUCCAGACGGCCGUCGGUCCCGGCACUCUCCCCGACAACGAGACUUGGGUGCAGCGCAAGCGCAACAGCGUGCUGCGAUGGGGCUGCAGCACAUGGCUGCUCCACAACAAGCUGGGCGGCGACGAGCAGCUUUUCGCAUCAAAGUUCGGUAUGAGCACGGAGCAGGCUGGCAAGUACGCGAUCCACGGCGGCGGCGUGCCGAUCCGUGUUAAGGGAGUUGAGGGUGUGGUCGCUGUUGUGGUUGUGAGUGGGCUGAAGCAGGACGAGGACCACGGUGUCAUUGUGGAUGUCAUCAAGGACAACUGGCAAUGA